ACAUAUUUGUGGAUCACAACCAGGAAACAAAAACAAAGCGAAGAAGAUCAGCUCCAGAAUAACAGAUACAGCUGCAGUUUUUACUCAGUUUGAUUUCAUUUUCAUUUUUUACCCUCGUUUCAAACAUCUGCAGAAGAAUUUAGGUCCUGCAUUAAUGUAGCGCCCCUCCGUCCAUCAGGAAACAUUCACUACGCAUCUGACCUUUGACCCACUGCUCUGAGGUCGCUCGGAAACGACAAAAACUCUUCUUUUUGCGCAGUUUUGCAGAGUUUUGUUUGAAAAUGGCGUCCAAAAAAGUAGUGGAGAUUUUCUACGACGUGGUGUCUCCUUACUCCUGGCUUGGGUUUGAGGUGAUGUGUCGCUAUAGAAACGUGUGGAACAUUGAUCUGAAACUGCGACCUGCGUUUCUGGGGGGCAUCAUGAAAGGAGCAGGUAACAAGCCUCCUGGUAUGGUGCCCAAUAAGUUCUUGUACAUGACGAAGGAUCUGAGCCGCGCGGCGCAGUACUUCAGCGUCCCUCUGCAGCAUCCAACGGAUCCUUUUGUGGUGAUGUUUGAAAAGGGUUCUUUGGCUGCGAUGCGUUUUGUGACGGCAGUGCAGGAGAGAGAGAACGGAGGAGACAAACAGGUGGAGCGUGUGUCCCGUGAGCUGUGGAGGAGGAUCUGGAGCGAAGACAAAGACAUCACCAAACCAGAGUCACUCGCAGAGGCAGCAGUGAAAGCAGGACUGUCUGACAAGGACAUUGAAGAAGUGAUGGCGAUGGUAACGACAAAUAAAAUCAAAGACAAGCUGAAGAAUACAACACAGGAGGCUCUGGAGAAUGGGGCGUUUGGUUUCCCCAUGAUCGUGUGUCACGUCGACGGAAAGAAAGAGAUGUUUUUUGGAUCUGACCGGUUUGAACUCAUGGCCCACUGCAUCGGAGAGAAGUGGCUUGGGCCUCAACCCGACAAAAUCUCUGCCAACUUAUAACAAUUUGUGAAAGUUAGUGCCUAAAAUCAGCACAAAAACUGUGUAUGUAACACUCAGAAUUCAAAAUACUACAGUGAUUUAUUUACUGUGACGUCAACACAAUCUCCAACUCACAACAACUGAUUUUCUGACAGUUUAUCCCUUAAAAAUUAAUAAUAUCAGACGGAAAAGUGCAUUAUGUAAAAGUGCUAAUGUUUUCUAAAUAAAAAGUAGGUGUUU